CGCGGCCGGGCGGAGGCUGAAGGGGGCGGCGGGGGCCGCGCUGCUGGCGGGUUCGGCGCCGGCCAUGGCGUUCCGCAGGCGGGCCAAAAGCCACCCGCUCUUCAGCCAGGAGUUCCUCAUCCACAACCACGCCGACGUGGGCUUCUGCCUGGUGCUCUGCGUCCUCGUCGCGCUCAUGUUCGAGGUCACAGCCAAGACUGCCUUCUUGUUCAUCUUACCUCAGUAUAACGUCAGUGUGCCUACAGCAGAUGGUGAAAUUGUUCUUUAUCACUACGGGCUGAAGGAUUUGGUCACAAUCCUCUUCUACAUCUUCAUAGCAAUAAUUCUGCAUGCGGUGGUGCAGGAGUAUGCCUUGGACAAAAUCAACCGGAGGCUCCAUCUUUCCAAGAUCAAGCACAGCAAGUUCAAUGAGUCUGGGCAGCUGGUAGCAUUUCAUAUUGCCUCCAUGGCCUGGUGCUUAUAUGUACUGGCAACGGAAGGAUACUUAUCAAACCCCAAGAGUCUGUGGGAGAACUACCCUCACGUUCAUCUACCGUUCCAGGUCAAGUUUUUCUAUGUUUGCCAGCUGUCCUACUGGCUGCAUGCACUGCCUGAACUAUAUUUCCAAAAGGUGCGGAAGGAAGAGAUUCCCCGCCAGCUGCAAUAUAUCAGCCUCUAUCUUGUGCAUAUAGCUGGAGCAUACCUCUUAAACCUCACACGCCUGGGACUCAUCCUGUUGCUGCUGCAGUACGUAGCUGAAUUCUUUUUCCACAUGGCUCGCCUGUUCUACUUCACAGAUGAAAACAAUGAGAAGCUGUUUAAUGCAUGGGCUGUGGUGUUCGUCGUUUCCCGGCUUUUUACCCUCACCCUAUCCGUGCUGGUCAUUGGCUUUGGGCUGGCUCGAGUGGAGAACCAGGCGUUUGACCCCGAGAAAGGAAACUUCAACACUUUACUUUUCAGGAUGUGCGUCUUGCUUCUGGUGUGCUUCUCACAGGCCUGGAUGAUGUGGCGCUUCAUCCACUUUCAGCUGCGGCGCUGGCGGGAGUACUGGAAUGAGCAGAGCGCAAGGAAGAAAGCUGCUGCAGCUGCAGCCCCCACCCAUGGCAAGCAGCAGCUGAAGACCAUCAAAAGGGAGUCGGGCUACCAUGAAAAUGGAGUGGUGAAAGCAGAAAAUGGUACGUCGCCGCGGACCAAGAAACUCAAGUCUCCCUAGAGCCAAAGCACAGUCCGCGAGGAAUCUUGGAGGAGGAAAUGGAAAAUGCGAGACUUAAGGACUCCGGGAAUAAGAAGCAGCACCUUCCCUUGUGUCUUCACCAAGCCCUGUUUCAAAUGGCUUGAAUCAAUGUACCACCGAGAAGCUGCUUCCCCCUCUCUCUCUCAGCCUCCAGACAAGUUUGCAGUAACCAAAAAGCCCCUCUCCAUCCACAGUGGGGCUUCAGAUCAACAAACACCUUCCUCAGCCAGUGUAUUUUCUUAUUGCUCAUUUUAAUCUGUCCUUCAAUGUAUUCUUGCUGCUUUUCCUGCACCCAGAGAUGUUUUUGCAAGCGAUUAUUCCUUGGAAACCCAUUCCCUGACUUAGUAUCACCCACCUCACUCUUGCCGGAUCUCGUGAUGCUUUGGUUUGGAGAGGUGGCAUCAUCAUAAUCUUAGCGGAACAUUUAGAAUAUGCCAGGCCUUCACAACAUGCUGGCGACGUGCACAAACAUAGUUUAGUGUGUAUGUAACUUUUGGGUUGUGCUAUGCCUAUUCGCAGAGACUGAAAUUUUAGCCAGUUGCAUUCUGGAGAAGGGGACAGAUGCGCGCAGUUUCUCUCCAAUACUGCUUCCUCUUAGCCGAAAAUAGAAUUUACUGCAUUCUCCUAAAACACCA